AUGUCUUAUAAUGUUACACAAAUAUUUCAAACAUCAUCAGAUCAUGCUAAAGAUGGUGCAUUUGCAUUAGGCAUUAUAUAUCUGGUAUUUUGUUUAACUAAUUUAGUUCUAUCAUCAUAUAUAACUCGAUCAUUAGGUGUAAGAUUAACAUUAAUUUUUUCGAGUGUGGCAUACGUGCCAUUUAUUGCCUCUAAUAUAAAAUAUAAUAGAUGGACAUUAUACAUAUCUGGAUUCUUAGUUGGUGUUGGUGCAGCUUUAUUAUGGACAGCUCAUGGUGUCUAUGUUACCAUCUCAACAAAUAAACAUGAACAAGUAAAUAAUCUAGUAUCAUCAUCCACAAGGGGUUUAAUGAAUGGUACAUUUUUCGGUAUAUUUCAAUUAAAUCAAAUCAUUGGAAAUUUGCUUGUCUCAUUUUUAUUUCAUAUAAAGCUUGACCAAUGGAUUAUUUUUACAAUACUGACAAGUAUUUGUGGAUUAGGAACAUUCAGUUUAAUUUUUCUGCGACCUGUAGAAAUACCAAAAGAUGGAAGUAAAGCAUUGAUUAUUUUAUAUUCUAUGAAUAAUAUUUUAUUUUAUAUUUUCUAG